GAGCUUCCAAGAUCGAUACCCUACCCCCUUCCACUCUCUCCUGAAAACACAAUAUGGCAGAGGAGCUCACGGCGGCGCCCGUGCUCUCAACACCAGAGGACCACUUAUUCGAAUACCAGAAGCCAGACACGACCUCGGUCAACGCGCGGUCGGACGACGAGCUUCGAGACAUCUACGAGGUCGAACGGACCGCUAAAGAAUGUCGAGAGGAGGGCAAGAAGAGGAUUGCCCUGCAGUUCCCCGACCAUAUGCUCGGAGAUGCACCCAAGGUUGUCGAGUUGUUACGAAAAGAACUUGAUGGAGCAAGAGUAGGCCAGAAGGCGGAGGGCACACCACCCUCGGAGGAGAGGAUAUGGAUACUUGCAGACACUUCUUACAGCGCUUGCUGUGUCGACGAGAUUGCUGCCGAACAUGUCGACGCCGACGUUGUGGUGCACUAUGGCCGGUCAUGUCUGUCUCCCACCUCAAGACUCCCCGUCAUCUACGUUUUCACCAGACACAAUCUCGACAUGGAUGCGGCGGUACAGUCGUUCGAGGCAGAAUUUCCCGAAGAAGAAGCCAAGGUGGUGCUGAUGGCCGACGUUGCAUAUCAAGACCAUGUGGACGAGCUAUACCGGCGCAUUCGGGAGAGGGGAUACACAGAACUGUUGUCGACGAGGAUAAAACACAAUCCGCUCGGAAGCAUACCGAACAGAACCAUCAUAAACCCAGAAGAGCAGGAAAUGGCUACCGAAGAGGAAGAAGGCAUCGAUUUGAAGGAAUAUAGUGUGUUCCAUGUCUCGUCACCACCGGCAGCGCUCCUACUCGCCCUUUCUUCUCGGGUUGCCUCUCUUCAUAUCUUCGCGACGGCAGACUCGGAAUCCGCUCCUUACUACUCUCCGACGCGUACGACACGAGGCCUCUUGGGUCGCCGGUAUGCUAAGCUUCUGAACCUGACAUCGGCUGGCAUAAUAGGCAUUCUGGUCAACACCUUGUCAGUAGCCAACUAUUUGUCAUCUAUCGAGUCCAUUCGGAAGCAGAUCGCCGCAGCCGGGAAGAAGAGCUAUACUGUCGUUGUAGGAAAACUGAACCCGGCUAAGCUGGCAAACUUCUCCGAGAUCGAAGGAUGGGUCAUAGUCGGCUGCUGGGAGAGCAGUCUGGUGGAAGAAGAUGCUGGUUUCUUCCAGCCCGUCCUGACACCAUUUGAGCUGGAAGUCGCCCUCAUGCCUGACGAGGAGCGGAUUUGGGGCCUGAGUUGGUGGGGCGGGAUUGAGAGCGUCAAGGCUGUCGAGGAAGGAGAGCCAAGUGCAGGAAGCGGGAAGAAGCCAGACGAAGCUGCCACUGGAGACAGUGGCGUCGAGGUUGAAGAGGACGAGUCGGACGUGCCGGUAUUUGAUUUGCGAACUGGCAAGCUCGUCUCUUCCGCUCGGCCGAUGCGUAAGGCUGCCCAGCUGGAGGAGCAAGAUGCGAGCCAGAAUACACGCAGCGAGUCGGGGGCUCUAGCUCUGCGCCCGAAAGCGGAGCUGGCGACAAUCAACGGUGUCUUGAGCCCUGGAGCCCAGUAUCUGCGUUCGCAAAGGACAUGGCAAGGUCUCGGAAGCGACUUUGAUGAUGAACGGGCCGCUACGAUAGAGGAAGGGAGAGGUGGUAUCGCUAAGGGCUAUACUGUGGGCGAGGAUGCGGAGACGAGAUAAUACCGCGGUUUUCCGAUAAGAAUCACUCGAGCUACUCAUGCUCAUUCGAAGCAGAUACUUUGAGUCACCAAGGCUACCUCUUCGAGGUGGUUCCUGGACACUCGUUAAGUGGUCUCAUGGCACGGCUGAGCCUGACAAAAUUGAAGUUGGACUGCCCUGCUGGCAUCUG